AGUGCAUAUCACACAAAACAUAUCUGUGAUCUGCGUUGUGUCAGCGUCUCGUGUCAGCAAGACAUGCCUUCGUCGACACACCAUGCCCAAGACUCCACGCUACUUUACAGAGUCAGUCACAGUGACACCAAAAAAUAUACCUGCGACUGCGAGAGAUUAUGCAAGAGCUAGCUGCACCAAGUACUUCAUGGAACGUGUAGACGGCAUGCAGAGUUUGGAGGUCCCGAUACAAAGGGGACAUAUUCCUAGGUCCCUGGAUCGGGACCCACAACCUGUCCAGCAGGAUCAACAGGAUCAUUAUUCUGGUAUAGAGGAGAACUAUUUUGCAGGUUAUGACGCCUCUGGAGACGUUCACGACACAACGACAGCCAGUCUAGAUGACGAAGACACCGGGCUGACUCGGCUGAGCACAGAAACCGUCGCACGGCUCAAAUUCCCACUGAAGUUCACGCCUUCGCGUGAGGGGAUUACCACUGCCGCCGUCAAGCUCUACCUUCCACAUUCAGCUUCAGACAAGGACGCGCAAGAUAAUCAUCGAGCUUCACGGUUGGACGCCGGCAUGCAAUGCUAUGUCUCGCAAUGUUGUCGACAUUUUUCAAAUGGCUGGAUACAAGGUAUACAAUCACGCAUAUCGUUCAAACCAGUGCAGAGCCAUGUACUUCAUCGCCUUACAUCACGAUGGUUGACGCUAUAUGAUUCCAAUGUGAUCUCAAUACCGUCGAAAGACAACAGGGAGCUCACUAAGGACCGAGAAGGAGUUAGCCUGAACGACAUCACCCAUCAGAGUAGGCACCAGCAGUGCAGGAAGAGUCGGAGGAGGGCUGAGUCAAACGGUGGUGCACAUUGCGAUUCUUAA